GGAAGCCGAGGGAGAGUCUCGGCGGCAGCAGGAUGGGGGACUCCAAAGUGAAAGUGGCCGUGCGGAUCCGGCCCAUGAACCGGAGAGAAAUUGACUUGCAUACCAAAUGUGUGGUGGAUGUAGAUGCAAACAAGGUUAUACUUAGUCCUGUAAAUACUAAUCUUUCCAAAGGAGAAGCCCGAAGCCAGCCAAAGGUGUUUGCAUAUGAUCACUGUUUCUGGUCUAUGGAUGAAUCAGUCAGAGAAAAGUAUGCAGGUCAAGAUGAUGUUUUCAAGUGCCUUGGGGAGAAUAUCCUUCAGAAUGCUUUUGAUGGUUACAAUGCAUGUAUCUUUGCAUAUGGACAGACUGGAUCUGGAAAAUCUUAUACCAUGAUGGGCACAGCUGACCAACCUGGAUUAAUUCCAAGACUUUGUAGUGGACUCUUUGAACGAACUCAGAAAGAGGAAAAUGAAGAGCAGAGUUUUAAAGUAGAAGUGUCCUAUAUGGAAAUUUAUAAUGAAAAAGUUAGAGACCUUCUUGAUCCCAAAGGAAGUCGUCAAACGUUAAAAGUCAGAGAGCACAAUGUUUUGGGACCCUAUGUCGAUGGACUUUCCAAACUGGCUGUCACAAGCUACAAGGAUAUUGAGUCUUUGAUGUCUGAAGGUAACAAGUCUCGCACAGUUGCUGCCACCAACAUGAAUGAGGAGAGUAGUCGAUCUCAUGCAGUCUUCAAAAUCACCCUUACACAUACUUUAUAUGAUGUGAAGUCUGGGACAUCUGGAGAGAAAGUGGGCAAACUGAGCUUGGUUGAUUUAGCUGGUAGUGAGCGAGCAACGAAAACCGGAGCUGCGGGGGACAGGUUGAAGGAGGGGAGCAACAUCAACAAGUCCCUCACAACCCUCGGUCUGGUUAUCUCAGCCCUAGCAGAUCAGAGUGCUGGCAAAAACAAGAAUAAAUUUGUUCCAUAUCGUGACUCAGUUCUCACUUGGCUGCUCAAAGACAGUCUUGGGGGUAACAGCAAGACAGCCAUGGUGGCCACCGUCAGUCCAGCAGCCGAUAACUAUGAUGAAACCCUUUCAACUCUGCGGUAUGCAGAUCGCGCCAAGAACAUCGUGAACCAUGCUGUGGUGAAUGAGGAUCCUAAUGCACGAAUUAUCCGGGAUCUCCGGGAGGAAGUAGAAAAGCUCCGAGAGCAGCUAACCAAAGCGGAGGCAAUGAAAUCUCCAGAACUGAAAGAUCGGCUAGAAGAAUCAGAGAAGCUAAUCCAGGAAAUGACCGUGACCUGGGAGGAGAAACUAAGGAAAACCGAGGAGAUUGCACAGGAGCGACAGAAACAGCUUGAGAGUCUUGGAAUAUCUCUUCAGUCUUCUGGGAUUAAAGUUGGGGAUGAUAAAUGCUUCCUUGUUAAUCUGAAUGCUGAUCCUGCUCUGAAUGAACUUCUGGUUUACUAUUUAAAGGAACAUACAUUGAUAGGUUCAGCAAAUUCCCAAGAUAUCCAGCUCUGUGGAAUGGGAAUUCUUCCUGAACAUUGUAUUAUAGACAUCACAGCAGAAGGCCAGGUCAUGCUGACUCCUCAGAAGAACACCAGAACAUUUGUAAAUGGCUCUUCCGUAUCUAGUCCUAUACAACUCCACCACGGGGACAGGAUAUUAUGGGGAAACAACCACUUCUUCAGACUGAAUUUGCCUAAAAAGAAAAAGAAAGCAGAUCGGGAGGAUGAGGAACAUGACACCUCCGUGAAGAACGAUACCAGUUCUGAGCAGCUCGACAUAGACGGGGACUCCUCCAGUGAGGUUUCCAGUGAAAUCAACUUCAAUUAUGAAUAUGCGCAAAUGGAGGUUACCAUGAAGGCUCUGGGUAGUAAUGAUCCAAUGCAGUCCAUAUUGAACAGCCUAGAACAACAGCAUGAAGAAGAAAAACGAUCUGCAUUGGAGCGCCAGAGGCUUAUGUAUGAACAUGAAUUGGAGCAGCUACGAAGAAGGCUGUCUCCUGAGAAACAAAACUGUCGUAGUGGGGACAGGUUUUCUUUCCAUUCACCCAGUGCUCAACAGCGACUGAGACAGUGGGCCGAAGAGAGAGAAGCGACGCUGAAUAAUAGCCUGAUGAGGCUGAGGGAACAAAUUGUGAAAGCCAAUCUGUUGGUGAGAGAAGCUAGUUACAUUGCAGAGGAACUGGAUAAAAGAACAGAGUAUAAAGUAACCCUGCAGAUUCCAGCCUCCAGCCUCGAUGCCAACAGGAAGCGAGGCUCUCUUCUUAGUGAACCUGCAAUCCAGGUGAGAAGAAAAGGAAAAGGAAAACAGAUUUGGUCUCUAGAAAAACUGGACAACAGGUUGCUGGAUAUGAGAGACCUUUAUCAGGAGUGGAAAGAGUGUGAAGAAGAUACCCCGCUCAUACGGUCUUACUUCAAGCGUGCUGAUCCAUUCUAUGAUGAGCAGGAAAAUCAUAGUCUCAUUGGGGUGGCGAAUGUUUUCCUCGAGUCCCUCUUCUACGAUGUGAAGUUACAGUAUGCUGUUCCAAUUGUCAACCAGAAAGGAGAGGUGGCAGGUCGGCUGCAUGUCGAGGUGAUGCGAAUAAGUGGUGACAUUGGGGAAAGAAUUGCUGGAGGUGAUGACACCACAGAUCUCUCCUGUGAUAAGGAAACCCAGGAAAACAGACUCGUGUGCAUGGUUAAAAUACUCCAGGCCACUGGGUUGCCACAGCAUCUGUCCCACUUUGUGUUCUGCAAAUACAACUUCUGGGAUCAGCAGGAGCCAGUAAUUGUUGCACCCGAAGUUGAUACCUCCUCCUCCUCUCCUGUCAGCAAAGAACCUCAGUGCAUGGUUGUCUUCGAUCAUUGCAGUGAGUUUUCUGUUAAUAUUACUGAAGACUUCAUUGAGCAUCUUUCAGAAGGGGCUUUGGCAAUUGAAGUAUAUGGCCAUAAGAUGAACGAUCCUCGGAAAAACCCAGCCCUGUGGGAUUUGGGGAUAAUCCAAGCAAAAACACGUAGUCUUCGGGACAGAUGGAGUGAAGUUACCAGAAAAGUAGAAUUCUGGGUCCAAAUCUUGGAACAGAACGAGAAUGGUGAAUACUGCCCUGUAGAAGUAAUUUCUGCAAAGGAUGUGCCAACAGGAGGAAUCUUUCAACUCCGGCAGGGACAGUCCCGGCGAGUCCAAGUGGAAGUGAAGUCUGUGCAGGAAUCUGGGACUUUACCACUGAUGGAAGAAUGUAUAUUGUCUGUUGGCAUUGGAUGUGUAAAAGUUAAAACGCUCAGAUCCCCCAAGACUCAUGAGACCUUUCAUGAGGAAGAGGAGGACAUGGACAGCUACCAGGAUCGGGAUUUAGAGAGACUACGUAGAAAAUGGUUAAAUGCAUUAACAAAACGUCAGGAGUACUUAGAUCAACAACUGCAGAAGCUUGUCAGUAAACAUGAUAAAACAGAGGAUGAUGCCGACCGUGAAGCUCAACUUCUAGAGAUGAGGCUGACUCUGACCGAGGAGCGGAAUGCAGUAAUGGUCCCCUCCGCUGGCAGUGGUAUUCCAGGGGCCCCAGCUGAAUGGACCCCAGUUCCUGGGAUGGAAACACACAUUCCAGUUAUAUUCCUUGACUUAAAUGCUGAUGAUUUCAGCUCCCAAGAUAAUCUUGAUGACCCAGAAGCUGGUGGAUGGGAUGCUACUCUCACUGGGGAAGAAGAAGAUGAGUUCUUUGAACUGCAGAUUGUAAAACAGCACGAUGGAGAGGUGAGAGCAGAAGCCUCUUGGGACUCUGCCGUGCACAGCUGUCCUCAGCUCAGUAAAGGCACCCCAGCGGAUGCGCGCGUGUAUCUGAUCGUGCGGGUGACAGUGCAGCUCAGCCAUCCGGCCGACAUGCAGCUGGUGUUACGGAAACGAAUUUGUGUCCAUGUUCAUGGCCGGCAGGGUUUUGCUCAGAGUCUCCUAAAAAAGAUGUCACAUCGAAGUUCUAUUCCUGGCUGUGGAGUGACUUUUGAAAUUGUCUCCAAUAUUCCAGAGGAUGCCCAGGGAGUAGAGGAACGAGAAACAUUAGCAAGAAUGGCAGCUAAUGUUGAAAACACGGCUUCUGCUGACUCAGAGGCUUAUAUUGAAAAAUACCUCAGAAGUGUGCUGGCUGUGGAGAACCUUCUUACUUUAGAUCGUCUCCGCCAGGAAGUUACUGUGAAGGAACAGUUGACAGGAAAGGGGAAGCUGAGUAGGAGGAGCGUUAGCUCUCCCAACGUGAACAGAUUGUCUGGCAGCCGACAAGAUCUUAUUCCAACCUACAGUCUAGGCAGCAAUAAGGGCCGGUGGGAGAGUCAACAGGAUGUAUCGCAAACUGCAGUUUCCAGAGGAAUAGCUCCAGUUGCCCCAUCCCUCCCUGACUGUCCCCCAAAUAACCAUUCUCCUGAUCCAGGACUUAGUAGCCUUGCAGCCUCGUACUUGAAUCCAGUAAAAUCCUUUGUGCCACAGAUGCCAAAGCUCUUGAAGUCUCUUUUCCCUGUCCGCGAUGAGAAAAGGGGCAAACAGCCUUCUCCCCUCGCACAUCAGCCCGUGCCCCGAAUCAUGGUGCAGGCUGCCCUUGCGGACGCCGGGAUGACCAGAGUGGGGGAGGCUCACCGAGAGAGCGUGGGGAUCAGUGCGGCCCCCAAUGUGACUGCGCACCCGGCCCCCGUGAAGCUCUACGACAGACCGACCAAGGCGCCUGCCCCGCAGGCGGCCGCUGCCGGCGCCCAGGCCCCUGAGGUGCAGGAGGGGCCGCCCAGCCCCCUGAGCGAGGCCUCCAGCGGCUACUUUUCCCAUAGCGUCUCCUCCGCCACGCUGUCCGAUGCGUUCGUCCCUGGCCUGGACAGCGCGGCGACAGCGGGCGGGCAGACCCCCGGCUCGCCCCCGCCGGCCCUCUGCCAGGCCACCCCGGAGACGGAGCUCCCGCUUACCCCGACCGCUCCCGCAGCAGACGAGCCGGCCGCGGGCUCAGAGCUGGACGCCCCCACACCCCAGGUUCCUCCCGACCUCCUGUCUCUGUCCCCUGCUCCCGCGUCUCCGUUCAGAAUCCAGAAGGUGCGGACCUCCGAGCUGAAGUCGUUCACGCGCAUGCUGGGCGGAGACCCCAGCUGCCAGUCGGCGGCCGAGGAGGACCUGCUGGCCUCGGGGGCGCUGGGCGUCGGCGGGGCCGGGGUACCGGCCCUGGGAAAGCUGGAAGUGUCCUCCGAUUCUGAAGAAGCCAGCGAAGUCCCAGAGUGGCUCAGAGAGGGGGAAUAUGUCACCGUGGGCACCAACAAAAUGGGCAUCGUGAGAUACAUCGGGCCCACCGACUUUCAGGAGGGGACGUGGAUCGGAGUGGAGCUGGACUUACCUUCAGGUAAGAAUGACGGCUCCAUCGGAGGGAAGCAGUACUUCAAGUGCAACCCCGGCUAUGGGCUGCUGGUGAGGCCAGGCCGGGUGCGCAGAGCAGUGGGCGUGGGCCGGCGGCGUGGCGCAGGGCUCCGGCCGCAGGGCGCCCCCGAGCCCCGCAGGAGCAGCACCCUCUCCGGCUCCGCCACCAACCUGGCCUCCUUGACAGCGGCUCUGGCCAAGGCGGAGGGUGCCACGGCACUGAGGGCCGACAGGAGCCAUAAGAACCCUGAGAACCGAAAAUCCUGGGCCAGCUAA